UUACCAUUUGCCGUCAAGGUCAUGUUACCAUCUAGCUCGUCAGAUCAGUUUGUUUUCCUUCCUGGUGUUGUAGUAUCAGUUGGUCAGUUACUACCCGAAAGUCAAUGAGGAUUCAGUAUCAAAAUGUCUAGGGAAGCUACUUCUAUGAGUGGAUUUUGGCGGACACAGCUAACAACAUUUGCCGUCUUAUUUGCUGGAUAUGCAUCCUAUACAUAUAACCGAAAAAGCGUUUCGUUUGCCUUACCUAAUUUGAUGAAGAAUGGUCUUUUGGAUAAAAGUGCUGCAGGAACCAUAUCAAGCAGCCAAAAUACUGCAUAUGCCAUCAGCAAAUUCUUGGGGGGUGUUUUGUCAGACAAAAUAAGUGCCAAAUGGUUAUUUUUCUCAGGUUUGGUACUCAGUGGAGGAGCAACUGUGUUAUUCUCAACGUCUUCAUCAUUAACAAUGUUUGCUGCCUUAUGGUUUUUAAAUGGUUUUGCUCAAGGAGCUGGCUGGCCAGCUUGUGCCAAGUUGCUCAAAAAAUGGUUCAGCCCUGAACAAUUUGGAACAUUUUGGAGUGCACUUUCUGCUUCUUCCAAUGUUUCAGGAUCUCUCUGUCCAUUCUUGGCAACUUCGAUAAUUGCACAAUUUGACUGGCGAGCUAGUCUACUUGUGUCUGGCGGAGUUACCCUGACCAGCGCAAUUUGUGUUGCAUUAAUGUUACGUGAUAGUCCAAUCGAAGCUGGGUUUAACAAAGAUUUUAGUCAAGAAGCUACGAAGAAGAAAACUGAUGGGAAGUCUACGGCGCACCGGCUGACGUGGAAAAAUCUCAUUCAAUCGCCUUUCCUGUGGCUCGUUUCUGCCGUUUACUUGGUCGUUUUCGCUGCCAAAACAAGUGUAACCGAAUGGGGUCAACUGUAUUUAAUUGAAGACCUGGGCCAUUCAGCCUUCACCGGAAGCGGUUUUAUAAGUGCAGUAGAAACGGGAGGCUUCUUCGGAGGAAUCGCCGCUGGAUACGUAACCGACUGGCUUAAGAAAAAAUGGGGUAAAAAAACACCUGGUAAUCCACGGAUGUUUGCAGCCAUUUGGUUUAUGGCUGGAGUUGCGGGAUUCUUAUUUGUUUUGACCACUUUCGUGACGACAUAUACCUCACAGUUUUUCCUUACUGUGAUAGGAUUCGGUUUAGGGGCGUGUCUGUACGCGUGCAUUGCAAUAUAUGGAAUAGUCGCUUCUGAGUCCUAUCCUUCUCACUUGAGCGGAACGGCGCAUGCAGUUGUUGCGCUAGCAGCUAAUGUGGGAGCAAUAUUGUCCGGGUUACCUUGUAGUUAUGUGGCUCAGUUAUACAACUGGCGUGCAAUAUUUAUAGUAUUGGAAGUUUUGGCGGCAGCCGCAGCCCUGUUUUUAAUUGUAUUCCGCAAAGUGACCCCAGGAUUGCCUGAAGAUAAACCCAAAUCCCAGUGAAAUAACCAAUGAAAAAUUAGUUUUUAAAAA